AUUUUAAAGUCGUUCAAUAUUUUUCAAAAAUAUGUUAUUUUCAAAAUUAAAAAGUGUAAAAUAUUAUUUUUGUGUGGUAUAAAUAGCUAAAUGUUAAAAUAAAAUAAUAAUAUAAAUAUAUCUUGUGGUGAAAAUGAAAGCAGAAUGGUCGAAAGCGUUUAUAGUGCGGCCGCGCGAUAAUUUGCAGUCACACGUUUACAUAAAGCAGAAGAAGUUCGUACCUUCAUACGAGAAUGAUCCUUGUCCUAUUCCAAUGAACUGGCUCAUGGGCUGGGAGUACGCACGUAUUUGGUUGCGCGAGCGGGAUGAUUAUAUUAGUGCACGCCUGCGCAAAUCCAAAGCAAAAAAAAUUAAAAACGAUUAUACCGCUUGGCUACUUAAACGGCAAAUCAAACCCAAAAAAAUCAGCUAGCAGAAGGUAUAUAUUAAAAAAAAAAACAAAUCUUAUUGGAGACAGUUUCUUUUGAUGAUGAAUUUUGGUGAUUAAUUUUUACUACAGUUUUCUAAAUUUUUUGUUAAUUCGUUUGAUUUGUAACAUAUGUUAAUUCUAUAGACCUGCUAAUGUACAGUUAUAUGUUUAUACAUACAUACAUAUAUAAUAAUAAAUAUAAAUAUUAAUUUCGCAUA